AUGGCGUACGACCUCUCCAAAGCCAUCGGGCACUCUGUUGGAAGCAAAGCGACUCGAUGGAACAGACGAGACUUGCUCCUAUACGCCGUCGGCAUCGGCGCAAAGGCAACCGACUUGAAUAUUGUAUAUGAGUUGGACAAAGAAUUCAAGCCUUUUCCAACGUUCCCUGUAGUCUUGAACUUUAGAGGUGACAGUCAAGAUGUUAUCGACUUUAACAAGUCAUUCAAGUCGGCUCCAAUCCCUGGUUUGCCGCCGCUGGAUCCCAGCAGAGUAGUACACGCAACCAUGUCGACAGAGAUCCUGCGGGACAUUCCCGAGGACUCUGGAGAUGGAUGGCGGCUGACGAACCGGGUAAUUGGUAUCCAUGAGAACAAGUCUGGCAUCAUCGUAGAAAAUGAGCUGCUCCUCGUAGACAAGGAUGGAACACCAUACACUCGCAUGAUCACUGGCUCGUUCAACCUCGGCGCCAAGGCGACCGGCCAACCAUAUUCAAAGGCGAUUCUGCGCGCACCUCAGGCGAAACCAAUCCCCAAAGACAAGAGACCCGACUAUACGUACAGAGAGACGACGACGCUCGAGCAAGCGAUUGUCUACCGUCUCAGUGGGGACUAUAACCCGCUCCACAUUGACCCUAGCAUUGGCAAGCGAGCAGGAUUCGGUGGGACCAUUCUCCACGGUCUCGCGACGUAUGGCUUUGCAGCUCGACAUAUCAUCGCCAAAAUUGGUCUUGGAGACCCGUCGACUCUCCGCGCGAUCUCCGGACGAUUCACGAGUCCCGUCAAGCCAGGAGACGAGCUCGAGACGAUGAUCUGGGAAGUUGGGCCCGGACCAAAUGAUACCGUUGAGGUGUCUUUUGUCUGCAAGAACGUGACUUCAGGAAAGCUUGCCAUCUCCAACGGAGUCGCCCAUGUCCGCAGAAGGGCGCCUAGCAGGCUCUAA